UCAACUUGGGAGAUCUCAAUCUGUUCGGCCCCAACAACAGGAGAGAAACAGUAGAGGACCAAGGAACACAUUUAUUGGGUAAGAUAAGCCUCUCAUAUAACGUGUGCUUUAUUAAAGCAAUGUUAAUUGUGCCAAGGAAUCAAAACAAACAAGCACUGAGCCACCCACCCUACUGCUAACAGGUCUGAACAAUGUUUUUCUUUUUACAAAUAGCACAUAGAACAUCAUCAAAUUUAAAAUAAGAUGUAUUAAUAAGCGGAAUAACUUCCUGAGAGUAGCGCAGUCUCGUGAUAUCUCCGUGUUGUCUCCCACAGUUUGCACACAAGAGCCGCUAGAAUUCGGCAUCGUCCUUGACUCCUCCAGCUCCAUUGCCAGAAAGGACUUCCAGACGGGCAUCAAAUUCUUGCAAGAAUUUCUCCAGCAGUUUGAGGUUGGGUCCGGCCCCAAUGACGUCAGAGUGUCCAUCAUCACGUACGGCAAAGGAAUUUACCCAGAAGUAAGAAUUCCCGGAAAGCUGUGGUCGCGUCAGUAAGGGAUGCUUUGACAGCGUUCUGGUGUACACAGAUUUAGGGAUGCGUUAACCGCGUUCUGAUGUGCACAGUUUAAGCUAUGUGUUAACAGCGUAUUGAUGUACACAAUUUUAGGAAUGCGUUAACAGCGUUCUUGUGUACACAGGUUAUGGUAUGCGUUAACAGCAUUUUGAUGUACACAGUUUUAGGAAUGCGUUAACAGCGUUCUGAUGUACACAGUUUAAGAUAUGCGUUAAUGGCGUUCUAGUGUACGCAGUUUUAGGAAUGCGUUAAUGGAGUUGUAGUGUACGCAGUUUUAGGAAUGUGUCAAUGACGUUCUGGUGUACGCAGUUUUAGGAAUGCGUUAAAGGCGUUCUGGUGUACACAGUUUUAGGAAUGCGUUAAUGGCGUUCUAGUGUACACAGUUUUAGGAAUGCGUUAAUGGCGUUCUGGUGUACGCAGUUUUAUUUUUUAACCGAAGAAACAAAUUCCUACAAAAUGUUUCUCUUGUACCUUUCAUCAGUCUAUCAUUAUUAAGUAUUUUACGCACUAACCAGCAUAGCUCAAACGUGCACAAGGGAAAAUAUGUCAAUAUACAGUAAUGCGUAAUAGUGAUCGAAAUACUUGUUGCUCAUCUCUGUGUGAAGUUUUUUUAAAAUUACUAAUGCUUCAAACAUUUAUUACUCUUGUUAACUGACUUAUAAGAUGUGAUUUUAUUAAUUUUUUUUUAAUUUGCUGGACACCACAUAUGAGUAACAUGGAUUGAAAUAAGUAUUAUUUAGUUAUUAUUUAAAAUGACAAUUUUAUAGCCACAUAUGCCUUCGUCUCAUUCGUGCCGUGAUUAGCAUGAUCUAUAUACAAAAAAACGUGUGUUUUUUUCCUCUACAGGACGCCUUCAACUUGACCACCUACAACAAUAAACAGGAUGUGAUCCGCGCCAUUGGUCAAAUCCCCCACAGGGCCGGUCUGUACACGGACACAGGCUUGGCCAUCAAAUACAUGCACGAGGCUCAGCUCGUUGAUGGUGUGGUCAGACCAGGCGUCGAGAAGAUCGGACUCGUCAUCACAGACGGAAAUUCCCAGUUGUAAGUUGGAACAUUAACGUACUAACUAACACACAUAUUCUGGUGAGGGUCUGAGAUGACUCUCUUAUGACCCCGGCUAGUAAAUUGGCCACCAACUCCAUCUGUUGAGCUGAGCCAUACAACAUUUUCCACACAAAGGGUCCUCCAACCGCCCGGGCUUCCCCCGCGAGAUCUAGUGAGGAACGUUCGGUCAACAAGUGCUCUUAGAGUCUCCGGGACCAGGCUGCAAUGCCGGCAGGUAGGAUCCCUGUUGUUAUCCAGCCGUCAGAAAUAUGUGCGCAAGGGGCAGUGCUCGGUGCGCAUCUGCGUCGCUAAGCUCUGUACUAAAUGAAUCAAAGCGACAUGCGCCUUAACGAGACAUGUACUAUUCGUAUAUCUUUAUACGUAUUCUGUUGUUUUUUUUGCGUGGUCAACGGCAUCUGAUUAUGAUAACACUAGUAGAUUUAACGAUUGCUUUUUUUAAAAAUGGGUUUUAAUUAUGUUUAAAACACUUUAUGUUUGGUGGUAAGUAAAUCGAAACGCUUCCGGGGUGGGAGUUAUUUUAGCGGGGACAUAAAUAACGGAGGUCAGCGUGGGAGAAGAGCAGGCGUAGCACUAACAACCGUCAGAAAAAAAAAAAGCUCCUCUAAAACGGAAUAUUUUGUUUUCUUCUGCACAGAUGGAAGGUGACCAAGCAGGAAGCUGAGAACGCUCGGGAUGAUGGUAUCAACAUGUUUGCCAUCGGCGUUGGGGUUGGCAUCAGGGACUCGGAGCUGCUCAACAUCGCAGGGGACGAGAGCAGGGUGACAAAGGUCGACAACUACGAUUCCUUGGCCAGCAUCAAGGAGUCCUUGGCCCACAAGACAUGCAUCAGUGAGGAUAAAUAGUUGUUAUUUUUUUAAUUACUUUUUUUCUCGGUCGCAGUGGUAAAACAUUUAGUGAUAAUUUUUUUUUUACAAAACUAAUUAUCAUUUAAACAAGAAAUUUUAGGAAAAGAAUAUGUUAAUUUUGAUAAUUAUGCACCAUAGUUAUAUUAUACUUUCUUGUGUUUGUGAACUAAUAACUAAGACUAAGAUCUAUCUUAUUUCCAGUUUAAUUUAAUUUUUUUAAACUUUCUGUUCACAGAGAAGGAAAAGCCAACCACUCUCCCCCCUCUAGAUGAACGUAAGUAAAACACAAUUCUAUUACAGUCCAUCAAUGACAUCGAAAUUAAAUUGAUAUGAUGGACGUUAUUGUUAAUGACACCAGAGAAAACAAUUAUGUUUAUAUACGGUUGUUAUGCAAUCGAAUGCAAUUGAUAACUUUAUUAAUAAAAUCAUGUGAUGUGGUUCCCCCAUUAUGUUCACCCACAGCUUGCGGUCUAAAGGACCCAGCCGACAUUUAUUUCGUGUUCAGCCCAUCUGCACUGGGCCCUGAUGCUACCGCCUGGACCACUUCUUUCAUCUCUAACACCAUCGAUUCUGAUGACUUGAUUGACGGGUUCAGAGUAGGUGGAGUUUACUUGAUUAGGCGGGGUUAAUAUUGAUGGGCGGGAUAAAUGUUGAUUAGGCAGGAUCAUUUUUGAUUGGCGGGCUCAAUAUUGAUAGGGGUGAUAAAAGAAAUGAUAGAGAUAUGUUAUGAAUUGUGUCUAGGCUAUUUUAACUUUGAACACAUUAAUUUCCUAUUUCUUUCACUUGUGGUCAAACAUUUUUGGUUGUAUGUCUACAGUACAUGUCAUUUCAAGUUCUACUUUUUGUCCUGUUUUCCAGUAUGGCGUCGUAUCCGGCUCCUGUCCUGACGAUGCUGGUUUCGAUUUGGACACCUACGACAACGUCGAUGAUAUCCGAGCAAGGAUCCGGUCAUACGAGGAAAGAAAACUCCCCUCUCUCGUUCAGGUAAACAUUAGAACCACAAAUUAAACUUAUGCCAUUGAAACUGUUCUCAAAGAGAAAGUGAAUAUUGCAAAUUGUGAUCCUCUAUAGCAAACGGAUUUGGGGAGGGGGGGGGGGUGAAGCAUUCAUUUAUAUUCUUCUUCUAAUGACAUGACGUCAAUCUAUUUUCUAGAGUCUCGCUGCCGAUGGUUACACCGCGGCUAGGGGAGCCAGGGACGGUGCCAGGAAGGUCGCAGUGAUUGUGGCCACCAAAGACAAGAAACUUGCAGAUUUGCAGGCGGAGGUCGACAAGCUGGUCGCUGACGGUGUCAAGGUCAGUUGGUUCUAGAUUAAUCACGUUUUAUCUCUAGAAAUUUAUGAGUGAAAAAUUGGAGAUACUUUUUUUAAAUACUUGUAGAAAACUUUGACGAAUCGGAAAGUCAUCAUGUUUAAUAUGUUGCUAUGGUAACGGAGGAUAACAUUCAUGAUAGGGUAAAUCUAAGGCAAGGAGAAUCAUCCAACAUUGUCCAAGAAAAAGUACCGUUAAUAAAUUAUAUUUUUUAGAGCUCGUCAUAUGCCUAGCAUACUAAAUGAAUUGAUUAAACAUCCCAGAGCAUGAGUGGGAUCAGUAAGGGUUUGAGUGGGGGGCAAUGCACCACGGGUAGCAUUAAGUGUAGCUACGCCCCAGAGUGAGGUUUUUCAUUGACUAUAAUUAGUUAUGCAGGUGGAAGGGAAAACAAUUGUUUAUCACUUGGGUUGAUCUUGUUGAGUAACCGUCAAGUUUAGAGAGUUCUUUGGAUCAAAUUUAGGAGAUUACGACAAGAUAGUUAUCUCAUCUACAACAUUCAUCUUAUUUUCUCUCACAGGUCUUCAUUGCUGACCCGACUGGUGAAGGCAUCUCUGUAACAGGAGCAACGACCUUGACCGAACGUUCGGCCACGCAACAAUCGGAUCAGCUCAUAACUGCUCUGUGUCCCUCUAAAUAA